AUGGAUAUUUAUUCACCUUUAAAUUCAUUGCUUAGAAUUAUAAAUGAAAAAAAAGAAAUUAUAGAAAUUCCACAUCAAAGUUUAUUUUUUGAAGCACUUCUUAAGGCUGCUGACCAAAAUAUGCCACAAGCAGUACAUGGAGUUAUAUUAGAUAUUAUUAUUUCAUAUUUUAAAAGGUAUUCACAUAACCAAAUGAAAGAAUAUAUUCAACUUUUUCUUCCAAUUAUCCUUCUUAUGGGUAAAACAGCUUUACCCCAAAUACGAGUAAAAUGUAUUGAAAUAAUAGACAAAUUUAUAUUAAAUGAUAAUGACUUUACAUUAUCUUUAUUAGAACCAUUAGUUUCAUGUUUUGCUUCAAGUUUACUUCAACCAGUGAAUGGGCUACAAGAAAAAGCAUUAAGUUUAUUUCAAAAAUUAUACGACCAAUACAAUUUGGAAUUUGAACAAGAAAUGUGGUUACAUCUCUGUAUCACACCUCAUACAAGAGAAGGACUUUUAAAAUUUAUAAAUUUAAAGAAAUAUCAAAUUAAUUUUAACAAUAUCAAAGAACAAACAUUAUGUGAUGGGUUAUGUGAAAUGUUAUUAAAUCAAAAUACAUUAGUUAUUAAACAAACACUUGACUUAAUGAAUGAACAAUUAAAAUUAAAUAAAACUAAUAUAAGUAAUGAUUGUAAAAGAAAAUUAAUUCAAGUUGUUAUUAAAUUGGUGAUAUUUAAUGAUAGUGGAAUAACACAACGACUAACACAAUAUCUUAUUGGAGAAAAUGAUUCACAAUAUUUUGAACUAUAUGUUAAAGAUAUAUUCAUUAAAUCAAUAUAUGAAAUUUUACAGCGAGAUUUUACUGACACAGGACCAUCAUCAGAAUGUACUAAAAUGUUUUCUUCUAUUAUUAAAAAUAAAUUGUUAUCAAGUGUUAUUGGAAAUACUCUCACAUUACCAUUAAUGAAUUUAUUUAUUAAAAUUAAUUUAAAUAAACAAAAUGUAGAACAAAGUAAUAUAUUAAUUGAAAUGUUAAAAAAUGCUCAAAUAGAUGAACUUAUAAAAUAUUUAAAUUCAAUGGAAUUUAAUGAAAAAAUUGUGUUUGUAAUGUAUUAUAUUCCAUCUAAAGAACAAAAAGAUCAAUAUAUUACUAUAGCACUGUCAUUAUUUAACACGUUAAUAAAUGACUAUUUUCAAAAACAACUUAAUGCUACUGACAUUAGUGUAUUAGAAUCAGCAUUAAUAAUAAUUAAAAAAACUGUUUCAUCACUUCAUGAUAAUUUAAAAAUAGAAUUACCAAUUCUAGAUUCAUUAGAACCAUUUAAAAAACAAUUAACAUUAAUACAAACAAUAUUUGGAGAACGUGAAGUAAAAGCACUUAAUAAUUUAUUAAGUGUUAUUCUUACUUUUGCUACAAUUACAACAAAUGAAGAGUUUCAUUAUCAAUUAAAUCAAAUACUUCUUAAUAGUAUUUUGUCUUCUUCAAAUAUUGCACCUGCUUUAGUUUGUUGUAGACUUUUCUUUAGAUUAACAAAACAAUCCAAAAUUUAUUUAUCAUCUUCUCAAGAAAUUGUAUCAUUUUUAUGGAAAAAUGUUUCUAGUGCAGAACAAUUUUUACCAAUAAUUGUUUCACUUUUAGCAUCAAAUGCUGAGGCAUUACCUUUCAGUGCUCUUCAAGAUGUAAUAGAUUAUGAACGUUUAUUAAUUUGUAUGCAUAUGAAUAAAUUUUAUCAAAAAAUUAUAAAUACAAACCAAAUGAAAUGUAUUAUUUAUUCAUUACUAAAAUCAGAUGAACGUUAUUUUAAAGUUGCACGUGAUUGGUUUUUAUUUUUAAUGUCACAUGAUGCAACACUUUUUAUUUCUAUUGUAAUGGGAGUAUUAAAUGGUAAAGAUGAAAUGAUUAUAGAAAAUGGUGACACUAUUGAUUCUAAUGAAGAGCCUUCUUCUUCUAUUCAAAAUAAGGAAGAAACAAAACUAAUCACUAAGAAUUCAACAACUCAAAUUAAAAGAGAAUUAAGAUUUUUAACAUAUUUUACACAAAUUAUUAAUGCUGAUAUUCCAGGUUGUUUUGAUCUUUUAUUAACAACAGAAAUUAAUGAUGAAAUGAAAUCUUUAUUAGUUAUUUAUCCAUUUCCAAGAACACUUAUUAAUACACCAAUACAUAUAAUAUUAAUGAUAAUAGAAAGAAUAUGUGUAGUUAGAGAAAGUGUUAAAGCUGCAGAUUUAUUAAUUAUUCUCUUUACUCGAUAUGAACAUUCUGAAAUACUUCAUUCUUUUUCUCAACACAUUUUAACUGCUAUUAGUGUUCCAAUAAAAUCUCAUUCAUUACAACCAAUUUUUCAUUCAAAAUUAUUAAUUUUGACAAGGACUUUAGUUCGUUCUACACCAGCAUUAAUUCAAACUUCAUUAGAUACAAUGGAUUCUAUUCCAUUAGAUGUUCUUAUUGAUCCAGAAAUAUUUACUGAUUUUUCUCUUAAUUCACCAAAAGAAAAUUUACCAAUAUUAGCAACAAAAACAUUACCAGAAAUAUUUUUAAAAGUACCAUCUAUGAUGAAAUUAAAUUCUGAUGCAUUUUAUAGUGAUGUAAUUAGAUUAAUUGGAAUAAUUAAUCAACUAGUACAUCGUAUCUUCAUAGAAUAUCCAGUUAAUAAAGAACCAUCAAAUAACAUUACUUUUUUAGCUCCAAUGUUUAAUAUUCAAAAAAAAGAAGAUAAUCAACAUUUCUUCAAACCUCUUCUUUUUGGAUUAUUUUCAAUGGUGAGUGAAUUAUAUCAACAAUUACCUCGUAUUCAAAUUAAAGAAGUUCAUGACAUAAUAGAAGAUGACUUAGCACUUUUAAUGGAAGAAGUAUUUUUUGUAUUUCCAGACUCUCUUUUAGAACACACAGCCACAACUCAAGAACAUAGAAAAAUGUUUUCAAGUCUCUUUCUUAAGUUUACUUCCAAUCCUAUCAAUAUAUAUAUUUCAACCUUAUGUUCUUUAUUUAAAUUAGGAAGAAUACCUGCAGACUCUUUAUUUGAUUCUAUUUCUCAAAUACUUCCAAUGGCAAAUAGUGAAGAAUUAAAAGAACUGGUUCCAGAACUUUUUAAAUUCUUUUCUUUAUCAAUAACUACAAUUCAAAACCAUUCAAUAACUUCAUUUUUAAGGGCUUUACGUUCAUUAGUAUCUUGUUCUGAAAUAAAUAAUCUUCCACCUCAACUUGUUGUAGCAUCUCCUCAAAUAUUCCAAUUAUUUUAUUUAGCAGUUCAAAAAUUUACACUUCCAGAUGACCUUAAUUCAUUUACAUCUGAUUUACUUCCAUUGGCCAUUUCAUUAAAACCAUCUGAAGCAAAUCCAUUACAAAUAUUUUCUGCAAACGUAUCUUCAUCUCUUUCACUACUUAUUCCACAAUUAGAAGUUAUUCUUGAACAAAGAAAUAUUUCAAUGAUUGAAGAUAUCCUUCUUUCUUUACAACGUUCUGGUUUAUUGACUGGGAAAUGGAAAAAUUUAGUAAUGAAUACAUUUAAUGAUAAAAACUUUUUUGUUUCAAAUCCAAGUCGAUUAUCAAAAUGGCUACCAAUUAUUUCUCUUGUUUAUUCUCAACACCUUGACCAAGUAUGGCAAAGUGCCAAAGGAAGUGGUAAUGGAAUAAAAGAAAGAAUAGAUUCUAUAGAAGCAUCUGAAUUAAAAAAAGCUGCAUUUGUAGUAUUAUGUGGUGAUUGUUAUACAUUUGAUAAAAUAGCAAAUGAAUUACUAAAAAGAAUUUUAAAAAUUAUUGCGUUAUACCCUAAGUCUAAUCAAGUACUUAUAAAUACUUUCUUAUUCUUAAGAGUUAUUUAUUGUAAAUGUUCAUUUGUUAUGACUCGAUUACUAUUAGGACCAAUUUUAGUAGAGGCUAUUAGAAUCAUUAAAAAUUAUAAAGAAUUUGAACCAAAUGUUCUUUUAGAAAUACUUAAAUUUAUUGAUAUAAUCAAUAUUAAUCCUUCAAUUGAUUUCGAACCUUUUAGGUGGUUAUUUACAUUACCAUUGUCUGGCCUUACAACAACUCUUUCCCCUUUCUUUAACUUAAUUAUUCCACUUCAUCCUGAAAAUUCAAUUCAAACAGAACUAACUAGUAUAACUCCAGUAAUUACAUUAAGAAAAAUAUUGUCACAAGAAGAUGAAGUAGAAUUACGAAGAAUCUUAUCAAAAUAUAAUGUUCUUUUACUUGAUAUGAAAAGAAGAAAUUUACAAUGGAAACCAGAAAUCAUUAAUGACUUCUUAAUGAAUGAUUUCAUAGAAUAA